AAAGUGCAUUCACAAACUUUGUCAGAAUUUCACCCGAGUUCUUUAAUGAGCUGAAGAAUAAUUUGGGACCUCUGCUGAAGAAGACAGACACUGUAAUGAGAAAGGCACUGGAACCAGGGUUGCGCAUAGCAAUCACCCUCCGCUACUUGGCCUCAGGCGAUUCUUAUAAAAGUCUAUCUUACAACUUGAUUGUCGCCACCACCACCACCAUCUGUGGUAUUGCCCGAGAAACCUGUGAGGCGAUCAUCAAAUUUUAUUCAGCUGAAGUGAUGGAAUGCCCCACUACACCAGAUGUGUGGAAGAGAGUGGCGCUGGGGUUUGAAAACAGGUGGAACUUUGCUCACACAUGUGGGGCUUUGGAUGGCAAGCAUGUGGCAAUUCGUAAACCACCCGGAGGUGGCUCAAAUUAUUUCAAUUACAAGAAAUUCCACUCAAUUGUACUCUUGGCGGUGGUUGAUCAUAACUACAACUUCCUGUAUGUGGAUGUGGGCACACCUGGAAGUGUUGGUGAUGGCCGGAUUUGGAAAGAAACCUGGCUUGGAAAGAGAAUGGAAGGUGGAACAGCAGGCAUGCCUGAUCCAGAGCCUCUGUCAGGAGAAGACAGCCCGGACAUCCCAUAUGCGAUGGUUGCUGAUGACGCCUUUGAACUACGGCCCUGGAUUAUGAAGCCAUAUCCACUAGAGGAAUCUAACUAG